AUGAAGGACAGUUAUCGCGAUCCCAACAGGGCAAAGAGCUACGCGUCGUCCGCCGAUGCCUUUUCUUCUAGUGCGCAACGUUCAUGUGCUGUCGGUAGUGCCACCUGGAACGGCUCGCCCUGCGAUAAUUCGCCCAGUAGCACAUUUAUAAGUAGCACCGGAAGAAACACUGGGAAGUUGCAUAAGGUGGGGUUUCGGAAAAGAGAAACGACUGCCCCACGUGGUGAAACGCAUCCGCCGAGGGUCCCAAGAAAGCAGACGCCACCGACUGCGAGGAGCAGGCCGGUGCCCCCUUUGGCGUUGACGCAAACAGGUGCAAGAACAGAACGCGGUCACAGAAUGGAUUUGAGGGUACGUGUCGAGGGCGUCAAAAAAUUGCUUCCCCCUAAUAGCGCAUCGAAAGCCCUACCCUCAACCUUCAUUAUGGUUCAAACAGCAACAGGGCGUGGCAAAACGCCGGUAAUUUUCAACAACGCUAAUCCUCCUUUUAACGACGAGUUCGUGUUUACCGUUAGAGAUCCCAAAUUAGAUGAAAUUACGGUUGUAUUAGUCUCGCACACACCAUCUGGAAACAAAAAAUUGGGACAGUGCGUUCUUUCUCCUGGAAAUCUUGUGUGUGGCGAAGAGAAGAGGCGAUGGGUUUCUAUUGUCCGCCAUCCUGGAACAGAUCAAGCUCGCGACUACGCUCCCAUGCUACUUAGUAUGUAUACUGAAGACUUCGGCCUUCGGUGUGGACCAUCAGAAGCGAAAGAAAGUGAAUUCCGCGAAAAGCUUCGUGCGCUUCUUAAAAACAACGCACCACGGGAGCUCCACCGUCUCGAGUGGUAUGUGGGAAGUUGCGUAGGUGACUAUGAUGGUGCUUUUUCUCAGCUGUGCUCAAAGUAUCGCAAGUCAAAGGGCACACCUGCGGCGUUUCAGCUUGUCAUUAACGCAGUCUCUGACUUGACCGAUGGUAAUGGAUCACCAAGCGCUUGUGAGACGUGCUGCGUGAAAAUUUACGCGGGUCGGGUGAAACGGGUCACCCCAAUGGCCUUGUAUCGAUCCUCGGCAGUAUUUAACGAAGUCUUCAACCUGUCAUUAGAUGACCCCUUGUCGUCUGGAAUAACUCUCUGCGUCUGUUCGCCACGCGGUAAGAUUGGUGAAUGCGUUGUCUCUCUGAGAGGGAUCCAGAAGGGCGUCGCGAAGGAGCGCACAAAUUCUCUUGUUUAUGCUGCUGGGACCGGGGAUGCAAGUCUCUGUGGAACCAUUUCCUUUACCCUUUACUCACAGACGUUCGGAGUGGAAAAUCCCAUUGAAGAGGCAGAAGAGAACGCCAGGCGUACUCGGCUGCAGAACUAUCUGUGGAAUUAUCUCCGAGAUGACCUACAUCGUCUAGACCCCAUUCUAUACUCCAUCACUGACGUGGAUUCCUUCAUGAGUGUGUGGACGCGCACGUACGGUCCGGAGCCCCGACAACACCUUCUACGGCUCCGAAUUAAAAAUUUGAGGCUCCUGACCAAACUGAAGAGUCCCGAAGAGUUUACGGUCGUAUUACGUACAGGACCAAAUGCAUAUCGAACUUCCUGUGUUCGCUACUCACAAGACUUCAGAUUCUGUGAUGAAUUGGUGGUCAGUGUGUGCACUCCAUCCGCCGCCGAGUUCACUUUUAUUGUGGUGAAAACAUCGGACGUACACGAGGUAGAGAUGGGUCGGGCCACCGUGUCCUUUGCAGAUAUUCCGCAGAGCUCUGUAUUCAAACGUGAUAUAAUCAUCUAUGAGGACGCCUUACAGGUCGGCUCCAAAGACUUUGGUACGCUUUUUAUUGAGGGGAUUACGAACGACUUUGGUCUGCCGUCGGAAACCUUAACUCCUGAAAGGAGAGAAUACUACAGACGACGUGUCGCAUCGAUUUUGUCCCGCUACAAACCGACUGAGGUAUACCGUUGUGACUACCUUCUUGGCACCCACUCGGGAAUGGAGGAGCAGCUUGUGAGGCGUUUAUCAGAGGAGUACGGCCCCGAAACCGGUAACGCGCACGUCAAUAUCCAAAUUUUGGCAAUUAAUGACUUCAUGCUCUCCUCUCCCUGCUACGUUAAGGUAUACGUGGAUGACGUUCAGGUACUUAGAACAAAGAGCCACCGCACAGCCCUGAAUAUGCAGUUUGAUAUAUCCCUGAACAACUCCGCAACGCUGCAGAUAGAGAAUCCCCUCCGCUCGCUACUGAGGUUUGAGUUGAUGGAGCCUCGGAGGUUUCUGCGAUCCCGGGUUGUGGGCGUGGCAGAGUUAAGCCUGGUCAAGAUGGUACCGAAUGAGAAGAAUGUGUACCGGCUUCCAGUGUUUAACGCUGAGCGAAACGGAGAGGUUGGAACUCUGAGUGUGGAAAUAGAAUCACCAAGUCUGAGGCACGACGUGUCAGCCAUUUUCGACACUCCCCGCGAAGAAGAUGACGCCGAGCUAUUCGAAAAUGUAAUGAAAGAUGUAACAACUCUGGUAAGCAAGUACUGCCCUCAGAACUUGCCCCAUGUCCAGCCGAUGGUGGCCAAGGCAGCGUCAUUGAGGGAUGUCCACCGCGAGCUUAGGGACAAGUUCACACCAAAGCGGGUUGCUUUCACUUUUUACGUACAUAUUGACAAGCUGGACCUAUCGAACCGCGAGGACAUUGAGGCGUAUGACGAGGGUCUUAUUUCUGUCGAGGCUUACUUCAUGAACGAGCGUGUUGUGCAGCCAAUGAAGGUAAGUGAUGUAAGCAAAGCAAGGGCGAGUAAGUUGUUUCCCGAAAUUCGUUUCGAUAUCGUUCACCCACACUCAUCAGAGCCUGACUGUAGCUUGCCCAUACUUGAGAUCGUGAUGCACAAAAAGAACUAUAGUACCUUCAAACCCCUUCUAGCUGUUACGAGGCAUGGCACUGCUGCUGCAGCGAAACCUCUGAACGUACAAACAACAGAAAUGGGCCGUGUGGUUCUCUCGGCGCGGGCCCUUCUAACAGAGUGCAUGUACUCCCUUGGAGAACCGGUUACUGUAGGUCUUGUCUCUUCAGGGGAACGCGCUCCACAGGGAGGUACCGUGUUUGGGGACAUCGAAAGCUGUCAACGUGCCUACAUUGGCGACCUAACGUUGCGCGUGACUGUUCCUUCAUUUGAAACCAUACCGCGAUGCUUACAGUUUAGCUCUCACGUCACACGAGAUUUUCAACAGGAUUACGUCCGUUAUCACGCUGACCGAAUCUUCAGUCUGUACCGAGCUCACGAUCCAUGGAAGCUGCGUGAAUUUUACUACUUGCUCUUCGAGAGGGAUGUGGCUUUGGGCAAGUGGCCUCGAUCACUACAUAAUUGGUUGGUAAAUUGUAUCAAACUGUAUGGACCAGAGGCCCCUGGUACCUAUGGACCGCCUCCCAAGCUUCGUUUGGGUUUGAAGGAGUGGGAUCAGCAACGAGUCAAUAGAACGACGGCGAGUACUGCGUGCACAUCAAGCGGGUAUAACACAGCUCGAGGAAGCAGCUCCGCAUUUCCUUCAAACGCAUUCAGCGGCAGCGCCAGGCGUUCCCGGAACGGCGAUCAUGGACAGUAG